AGCUCUGUUUGACUAUGAUAAGACCAAGGAUUGUGGAUUCCUCAGCCAAGCUCUCAGCUUCCGAUUUGGAGACAUAUUACACGUCAUCGAUGCCUCCGAUGAGGAGUGGUGGCAGGCCAGGAAGGUUCAUUCAGAUGGAGAGAGUGAAGAGAUUGGCUUUAUUCCCAGCAAGCGGAGGGUUGAAAGAAAGGAGUGGCCAAGAUUAAAGAACAAAGAGAGGGAGAUCCCAGGCCUUGGCGAUGGUGGAGCUACACAGGGGAGCCGGGAUGAUCGGGUGUUGAGCUAUGAGGCCGUUCUGCAGAUGGAAGUGCACUAUGCCCGUCCAAUUAUCAUUCUGGGGCCCACCAAGGACAGAGUCAACGAUGACUUACUCUCGGAAUUCCCGGACAAGUUUGGAUCCUGUGUUCCCC